UUUCCUCAUAUAUAGCGGUUCCCGUAUCCGAUCCGUAUACUACGAAGGUUCUGCAAAAGUGAAAUAUAAGAUUUUGUGAACGUGUUAAAUAUUUUCAAACCGAUCAUGUCGGUCUUAUCCGACAUUUGGGACUUGAAGUUCUACCUGCUAGCUGGGGCGAUUGGCGCAAUUUACUUGUACGUCAAGUUGGUGAUUUUCAAGUAUUUUGAUAGGAGAGGCAUUCCGUAUGAAAGACCCACGUUUCCUUUUGGAAAUGUCAGUGGAGUAUUUCGAGGAAAAAUGUCAAUAGGGGAAGCGUGCGCGGAGUUGUACAAGAAGCAUCGACAAUCCCCGUACUUUGGCAUGUUUAUAUCAAUUAAUCCAGCCUUGGUGAUCAAUGAUCCUGAGAUCAUUCGUCACGUCCUGACGAAGGACUUUUCCCAUUUCCACGACAGAGGAAUAUAUGUGGAUGAGAAAGUUGAUCCACUUUCCGGACAUCUGUUUGGCCUUUCCGGUGAAACGUGGAAGAAUUUGCGCACCAAAUUGACACCGACUUUUACGUCUGGCAAAAUCAAGCAAAUGUUUCCCAUUGUGAACCAAUGCGGCGUGGAACUUGGCGAUUGCGUCGAGAAGGUUUUGAAAAUUGACGAAACUGUGGAAAUUAAGGAUAUCGUGGCGAGAUAUACCACUGACGUCAUAUCGAACGUGGCUUUCGGUUUGGAAACCAACAGCUUGAAGGAACCGAACAACGAAUUCCGAAGAUGUGGGCAAUUGGUAUUCGCAUCUAGACCAUUGAUGUCUAUGUUAUCUUUUUUUAUGCCGAGUCUUUUGCGCAUAUUGAAGAUGUCAGUUACGGACAUACGAGUUAUCAAUUUUUUCACAAAAGUAUUUAGUGAUACAGUCAAUUACAGGAAGCAAAAUAACAUUAAGCGGCACGACAUGUUGAACAUGCUGAUGCAGUUGAUGGACAAAGGAUACGUUGAAACUGACGACGCGAACGAAAUUCCCAAAGGGAAAGUUUGAUACAGCAGUAAACGAUAGCAAGAAGCUGGAAAUGACGGAAGCUACGGCCCAGGCCUUUGUCUUCUUUAUAGCUGGUUUUGAGACUUCCUCGUCUACCGUGACGUACUGCAUUUUCGAAAUGGCCUGUCACCCAGAG